UCUCCUGGCUCCUUUUAUGUACUCUCAAUUCCCAGAAAACCUGAGAUAUAGAUAUCAUAAUCUUGUUAACUUUUUUCUUUCUUGGUUAAUAUGCUUUUAUUAACAGUAUAAUUCUAUUAAUUGGCCUCAUUUCCAUUAAUGAAACAUUUUUUUUUUUUAAUAUUAGCUUUUCAAGGCUCUCUGUUUUUGUCUUUUUCUGUGAUGAGUAGUACUCAGAUAUAGUCCCUACUAAUAUAUAUAGAGAAGAAUUUUUUUUUAUAAAUAUUGAAACUUGGCAUUUAGACAACUCUGUUUGUUGUGCACAGAGAUCCAUAAAAAUAAAACCACUUUGUUUUUCUUUAAUUUAUUUUUCUCUCAGAUUUAAGCAACCCCAUAAAAAAAAUAUAAUGCCACUCAUUUCUUUAAUCUCAGCAAUUUUUACUUCAUUUUAAUGAUACCCCAUUUUGGGUUUUACAUUGUUUAAUGAUAUUUAUAAGGUUGUUAUCGAAAAAAAGAUUUGAUUUUUGAUUAGAAAUUGAAUCAAGAAUGUCUUUUACUUCAUUUUAAGGAUACCCUUUUGGGUUUUACAUUGUUUAAGGUGAAAAAAGAUUUGAUUUUUAAUUGGAAAUUGGACUUUUUACUUCAUUUUAAGGAUACCCUUUUGGGUUUAACGUUGUUUAAGGUUAAAAAAAAAUUUGAUUUUUUGAUUGGAAAUUGAACUAAGAAUGUCUUCAUUGAAUGUAUCGACAUGGGUAAUGGUUGCAUGCAUGUCAGGUGCUUGUAAAAAUGGGCAAGAGAAUUCAAAGACUUGCAAAGAGCUUUCAUUUUCCAAUUCUAGUUUAGUGAAUAAUGGCUUUUCAUCACUCUAUGGAUUUGGAAGUGGUUAUCCUAAUUGUUGGAGGAGCAAAUUUAGUUGCAGUGGCAAACAAGGUGUCAUAAGAGCCAUUGCCGUACAACCAGAAAUGGAAGUUGCAUCAAAAAAGAAACCACCAACCAAGGAAAGGCGAGUGGUUGUGACAGGAAUGGGAGUGGUCACACCAAAUGGUCAUGAUCCUGAUGUGUUUUAUGAAAACCUUCUUCAAGGUGUCAGUGGCAUAAGCGAGAUAGAAGCUUUUGAUUGUUCGCCUUUUCCAACAAGGAUUGCUGGAGAGAUCAAGUCGUUCUCAACUGAUGGCUGGGUUGCACCUAAACUUUCUAAAAGAAUGGACAAGUUCAUGCUUUACAUGCUAACAGCUGGCAAGAAGGCAUUGUCAGACGGUGGAAUUACUGAAGACGUAAUGAAAGAAUUGAAUAAAACAAGAUGUGGAGUUUUGAUUGGCUCUGGUAUGGGUGGGAUGAAGGUCUUCAAUGAUGCAAUAGAAUCUUUAAGGAUUUCUUAUAAGAAGAUGAAUCCUUUCUGUGUACCAUUUGCCACUACAAACAUGGGCUCUGCAAUGCUUGCCAUGGACCUGGGAUGGAUGGGUCCGAAUUAUUCAAUUUCAACAGCAUGUGCUACAAGCAACUUCUGCAUUUUAAAUGCUGCGAACCAUAUCAUUAGAGGUGAAGCUGUAAGUUUCUUCCCUCGAAUCACGAAAGAGCUCUUGAAAGCAUAUCUUGAAUCAUUAGAAGGGAGAACAACAUUUUUGGGAAUCCCUCAGUUAUUGGAUAUGAUGCUCUGUGGUGGAUCAGAUGCAGUAAUUAUACCAAUUGGAUUGGGAGGAUUCGUUGCAUGCAGAGCACUUUCCCAGAGAAACAGUGAUCCUACUGGAGCUUCUCGGCCUUGGGAUAAGAAUCGUGAUGGAUUUGUAAUGGGUGAAGGAGCUGGAGUCCUGCUUCUGGAAGAACUUGAGCAUGCCAAGAGAAGAGGUGCAACUAUCUAUGCUGAAUUUCUGGGUGGAAGCUUUACAUGUGAUGCUUAUCAUAUGACCGAGCCUCAUCCUGAAGGAGCUGGUGUUAUCUUGUGCAUAGAGAAGGCGUUAGCUCAGUCUGGUGUAUCCAAGGAAGAAGUGAACUACAUUAAUGCACAUGCCACUUCCACACCGGCCGGGGAUCUCAGAGAGUACCAAGCGCUUGUACAUUGUUUUGGCCAGAACCCAGAGUUACGAGUGAAUUCUACAAAGUCUAUGAUUGGUCACCUGCUAGGAGCUGCUGGUGCCGUUGAAGCUGUAGCAACUGUUCAGGCAAUACGAACUGGAUGGGUUCAUCCAAAUAUAAAUCUUGAAAACCCAGAUGAGGGUGUGGAUACAAAUUUACUUGUCGGUCCCAAAAAGGAAAGAUUGGAUAUUAAGGUGGCAUUAUCUAAUUCAUUUGGAUUUGGUGGCCAUAAUUCGUCGAUCUUAUUUGCUCCUUACAAGUAGAUAUCUGUGACAAGGCUGGUCCUAUUCAACAGGCCAAAGGAAAAUUUAAUAGGGUCCUUGAUUCCAAGUUACAUGGAGUCAAAGUUCUCAGAAGUUGGUCUCAUUUUACUGGAAUCAUGGUUUCCUUUGUUGCAACAUAAUUUGAUGAGACUUCUCUAGUGGAAGAAGCUAUUCCUUGUAGAUAAUUGUUGGAGCAAGCACAUGAAGGGGCAAUCGCGUAGGAUUUCCUUUUACUUUUCGAUCAUGGCCAUUGUGACAUUCUUGUUUUCGAUCAUUAAACUGAUAUCUUGUUUUCGAUCAUUAAACUGAUAUCUUGUUUUCUUAGGCAUCAGAAAAUGAUUGUGUGGAAAUGGCGUUACUAUAGAACCUUUGAAUGAUAGCACAUAUCAGCUCUUGUGGACAUAUCAUAUUAUUUUCUCUUAACAACUUUAAGUUUUGGUUUC